AAAGAGAGCGACAAAACCCGAACGCCGAAGACAACCCAAGUAACCAACCUCUUUGUUUUGGCAAAGGGAUUUAUAGACAGAGCGAUAAACAGAGCGAGAGAUAGAGAGAGGAGAGAGAGAGCGUGUGUUAUUUGUAAAGCACAUCACAGAUUAAAAUUUCUCCUAAUAAUUCAAUUCAAAAAAAGACCGUUUAAAGAGAUCCAUUGGGUUGUUCACUCCCGCCAAGGUCCAUGGCUCAGCUUGAGAGCCUCGACCACAUCCACAAGACAAAGACUCUGAUCUGUGCCCUCAACCUCGUCUCCCGCAAUCUCCCUCUCCCUCCCGACCUCUUGGACGUCGUUUCGUCCAUCUAUGACAGCGCCCAAGAUGCCAAUCUCGAACAUGACAAGGGUUUGGAUGAUCCUGAUGGUUCCGCAGGAGAAGAUUUGUUAGCAGACCUUGAAGAUGCACUUUUGAAUCAACGUCAAAAUUGCAUGUCAGGUGCAGGAUUAAUAGAAUCGAGAGAAAAACGUUAUCAAAGCCACAUUCAGCAUAGAUUAACCGAACUUGAAGAAUUACCUUCAAGUAGAGGAGAGGACCUGCAGACAAAGUGCUUGCUUGAACUCUAUGGGCUAAAGCUCUCAGAAUUGCAAAAGAAGGUCCGUUGUGAUGUGAGUUCAGAAUACUCGCUCCGUAUGAACUGUGCAUAUCCGGACAAAACAUUGUUUGACUGGGGAAUGAUGCGAUUGCGCCGUCCACUGUAUGGUGUUGGAGAUGCUUUUGCGAUGGAGGCUGAUGAUCAAUUCAGGAAGAAACGAGAUGCUGAGCGGCUCUCAAGAUUAGAAGAGGAGGAGAAGAACAAUAUCGAGACUAGAAAAAGGAGAUUUUUCACAGAAGUACGUAAUGCUGUUCGUGAAUACCAAUUGCAAAUUCAGGCUUCUGUGAAACGUCAAAAACAGAGGAAUGAUAAUGUCCUGAAUUGGCACGCAAAGCAAAGACAGCGAGCCACACGGGCUGAGAAAUUGAGGUUCCAAGCUUUAAAGGCUGAUGAUCAGGAAGCAUACAUGAGAAUGGUAAAGGAGAGCAAAAAUGAAAGAUUAACAAUGCUUCUUGAAGAAACAAAUAAACUUCUCGUUAAUUUGGGAGCUGCUGUUCAACGCCAGAAAGAUAUUAAACAUUCAGAGGGCAUUGAAGCCCUGAAAGACUCAGAAGGUGAUUUGACUGAGUUGGAAGAAGAUGUGGACAUCAUUGAUUCUGACUGUAAUGAUGACAGUAGCGACUUGCUUAAAGGUCAGCGGCAAUAUAACUCAGUCGUCCAUUCUAUUCAGGAACAGGUAACUGAGCAACCCUCAAUGCUUCAAGGUGGAGAGUUAAGGCCCUACCAGAUAGAGGGUCUACAAUGGAUGCUCUCCUUGUUCAAUAACAAUCUGAAUGGUAUUUUGGCUGAUGAAAUGGGAUUGGGUAAAACGAUACAAACUAUAUCUUUGAUUGCAUAUCUCAUUGAAAAUAAGGGUGUGACUGGGCCCCACUUGAUAGUGGCACCGAAGGCUGUACUGCCAAAUUGGGUUAAUGAGUUUGCAACAUGGGCUCCUAGUAUUACUGCCAUUCUUUAUGAUGGACGCCAAGAAGAAAGAAAGGCAAUGAAGGAGGAAUUAUCAGGGGAAGGAAAAUUUAAUGUGUUGAUCACACAUUAUGACCUUAUCAUGAGGGAUAAACAAUUUUUGAAGAAAAUUAGCUGGUGCUACCUGAUCGUUGAUGAAGGGCAUAGGUUGAAGAAUUCUGAGUGUGCUCUAGCAAUAACACUUGCAGGAUAUGAUAUGCGACGCAGACUUCUGUUGACUGGUACCCCAAUACAGAAUAGCUUGCAGGAGUUGUGGUCGCUGCUUAAUUUCCUUCUCCCUCACAUUUUUAAUUCAGUUCAGAAUUUUGAGGAUUGGUUUAAUGCACCUUUUGCGGAUCGGGGUAGUUUAUCUCUUACCGAUGAAGAACAGUUAUUGAUCAUUCGCCGUCUGCAUCAAGUUAUAAGGCCAUUCAUAUUGAGGAGGAAAAAAGAUGAGGUGGAGAAAUUCCUUCCUGGAAAAUCUCAAGUCAUACUGAAAUGUGACAUGUCAGCGUGGCAGAAAGUAUAUUAUCAACAAGUUACAGAUGUGGGCAGAGUUGGGCUAGAUAAUGGUUCUGGGAAAUCAAAGAGCUUGCAGAACCUAACAAUGCAGCUCAGGAAGUGUUGUAACCACCCAUACCUUUUUGUUGUGGGAGACUAUAACAUGUGGCGAAAGGAGGAGAUAAUCAGAGCAUCAGGAAAAUUUGAACUACUUGAUCGUCUACUUCCAAAACUCCACAGAGCUGGGCACAGAGUCCUUCUUUUCUCACAAAUGACUCGUCUCAUGGACAUUCUUGAAGUUUAUCUGCAACUUCACGACUUUAAGUAUCUUCGACUGGAUGGUUCAACUAAAACUGAGGAAAGAGGGACAUUGCUAAAGAAAUUCAACGCUGAAAACUCUCCUUACUUCAUGUUUCUCUUGAGUACUCGUGCUGGAGGUCUUGGUUUGAACUUACAAUCAGCAGAUACGGUAGUAAUUUUUGACAGUGAUUGGAAUCCUCAGAUGGACCAACAGGCAGAGGAUCGGGCCCAUCGAAUAGGUCAAAAGAAAGAAGUUAGGGUGUUUGUGUUGGUUAGUGUUGGAUCAAUUGAAGAAGUAAUUUUAGAGCGUGCUAAACAGAAGAUGGGCAUAGAUGCCAAGGUCAUCCAGGCUGGACUAUUUAAUACAACUUCCACAGCUCAGGACAGGAGAGACAUGCUGGAGGAAAUCAUGCGCAAGGGUACAAGCUCACUUGGGACAGACGUGCCAAGCGAGCGAGAAAUCAACCGCCUCGCUGCCAGAUCAGAUGAGGAGUUCUGGCUGUUUGAGAAAAUGGAUGAGGAGAGAAGGCGAAAGGAGAACUACAGAUGUCGCCUUAUGGAAGACCAUGAGGUUCCCGAGUGGGCAUAUUCAGCACGUGAAAAGCAAACUGCUACCAAAGGCUUUGAUAGCAGUAGCAUCACAGGAAAGCGGAGAAGAAAGGAGGUACAGUCAUACGAUGAUGGUCUUAGUGAUUUACAGUGGAUGAAAGCCGUAGAAAGGCGUGAAAAUCACGCAGACUUAUCAGAGCUCUCAGGUAAGGUAAAGAGAAGACAUCAUCUUCCAUCUGAUACCAGUGUAUUAGUUAGUGAUAAAGCUGGGGCAGAGGAAAAGAUCACAAAAUUGAAUGAAGAUCUGCCCUCGGUGAACGAGGGAGCUAGUGAAGAUACCUAUGGUUUGACCCCAGCCUCAAAGAGACACAAGUCUGAAGGACCAAAAAUAGAGAAACAUGAAAGUCACGUAGCUGGAGGAAGUGGUUUGAAUGGGCCUCUAUUGACAUUCAAGAUACACAGAAAGAAGAGAUCAAGCUAUGGUAACACAAGUUCGUCCUCCGAUGCUAGAGGGCAAAGUUCCAAUGGAAGGGGAAAUGGAUGGGCUUCAUGAAAUUGGCUCAGCAAACCCUCAAGAUAGAAUAUUUACAAGGGCAUUAUUAUAGCUGCUGAUUUUGUACAUGGAUUCGAGGAAUGACUAGCUUUCAGCUAAUUAGUUUACGUCACAGCGCAGCAAACAUUUCAUGACCUUGUAGACUGAUCUGGUCAUGGUGAUGCCGACUUAACCUCCGUACGCUCUGGUUCUUGUAUAAAGUCUAGCAGUUAUGAGCAACAACGUGAAUGCGUUCACAAUUAUCAAAAGCACCUUCCAUUCUCAUUGUCAGGCUCAAUAGGCACUGUGGUUGGAUAAUGAAUCUAAGAUGUCUGCACCCCAUGUAUCAAAGAAUAAUUGUGGUAGGGAAAUGUAUAAAUUGAUUAUCUUUUGGUUUAAAUUUAAUUAGAGUUUUAACAAUAA